GCCUAGCCGCUGGCGGAGCGGGGCGCGCAGGCGCGGCGCGGGGGGCGGGCGGCCGGCGGCGGGCGAUGACCGACUACAGCGAGGAGCAGCGCAACGAGGUGGAGGCCCUGCAGUCCAUCUACCCCGACUCCUUCACCGUAUUGUCAGAAAAGCCAACGACUUUCACAAUCACUGUGACGUCUGAAGCAGGUGAAAAUGACGAAACUGUCCAAACAACCCUUAAAUUUACCUAUAGAGAAAAAUAUCCUGAUGAAACUCCACUGUAUGAAAUUGUCUCCCAGGAGAACCUUGAAGAUAAUGAUGUCACAGACAUAAUAAAACUGUUAGAACAACAGGCAGAAGAAAAUUUAGGAAUGGUAAUGAUCUUCACUCUAGUCUCUGCAGUACAGGAGAAACUAAAUGAAAUAGUGGAUCAAAUAAAAACACGAAGAGAAGAGGAGAAGAAACAGAAAGAAAGAGAAGCAGAAGAAGAAGAGAAACAACGUUUUCAUGGCACUCCUGUUACAAUUGAGAAUUUCCUAAACUGGAAAGCAAAGUUUGAUGCAGAACUCCUAGAAAUAAAAAGGAAAAAAAUGAAAGAAGAGGAACAAGCAGGCAAAAAUAAAUUAAGCGGGAAACAGCUGUUUGAAAUGGAUCACAACCUUGACACAUCUGACAUCCAGUUCUUGGAGGAAGCUGGAAACAGUGUGGAGGUUGAUGAAUCUUUAUUCCAAGAAAUGGAUGAUUUAGAGUUGGAGGAUGAAGAGGAUGACCCUGACUACAACCCUGUUAAUUUAGAUAGCGAUUAGACUUUUUUUUGGACUGGCUCUGUCAUCAGUAUGGACUUACAUAAGGAGAGAGAGGCAGGCAGAAAAGCCACAGCAUCUGUGGUUGUAGUAGUGUGUAUUGGUUUUCUUUUUUCAAAGAAAAAAUAUUUUAAACCCAGGAGAACCAUCUUCUGAUGACUUUCAUUAUAAAUAAAUUGACUUCAAUAUUUCAAAUGAAAAAUUUGAGGCAUAUUGUUCUGUCUGAAAAUACUCUAUUUUCUCUUUUUUUUUUUUUUCCUUUCCAAUUCUGUAAGUGUCCUGUGAAGAGACAUGACAAGAAGCAAGACAGAAAGAUGUCAUAGCAGUCACUAAACACAUCUACAUGGAAAGGCUGAGCAGCUGUUCUGCUAUCUUCCAACUAGGUUAUGCAUGGGCAAGUUUAGUGAAUAAAAGGGAUCACAUACUAUGCAGUUUUUUUUUCUUUGAAAUUUUAUUACGCUGCAAGUAAUGUUCAGUUCUGAUGCCCCAACUUACUAGCUGAACAGCUGCAGAUUGGCAGCACUAGUCACCUUCUAAUAAGGCAUAGCCAUUUCCAUUUUACUAAAGUAAAAUCUUUUGCGAUAGUUCAGGAUAAUAGUUUCAAAAAGACUAGUUGAACUUUGUAGGGGAAGAAAAAUAAAUCUGAGCGAUACAGUCCUCUUAAAAAAAAGAAGUUUGAUUUGUUUAGAAAAGGCUUUACAAAGCCCUUUUUUAUUUCUUGUGCAUCAAUGAACUUCCAUGCCAAAAAAAAAAAAAAGUUUGCUUUUGGCAAAAGUCUAUGUAAAAACACUAUCAGCAGAAUACAGUAACAGUAUUUAUAGAGUGCAUGUAAGUUUGAAUGUAAUGAGAGUUGGUUUUGAAGCAUCUUGUUGGCAGUAAAGGUGGCAGCCAGUGAAAGUCUUAACAUACAGUAAAGCUGCAUAUCGACUAGUGGAUGUUACACUGUUAACCAUUCUGAGUUGCUUAUGGAGCUACUAGCUUGAUGGUAGACUCCUUCCCCCUUUGCACCUCCAGAAAAAAAAAAAUACUGCAAGAAAUGUGGUGUUCAAACAGGCCAUGGUUGAGACUGCGUCAGCUAGAAGGAUGGUACGGAAGAAGGUUUCAAGAAACAGCUCUCCAAAUAGAGACCUCCAGGCACCUUGAUGAUUAGAAACUGCUGGAUUUUAAAACACUUCUGGUAGAUUGCCUUAACUGCUCCAGCUUCAACCUUUGGAAAGAGGAUUGCACUAAAGUGUCCGUGCUUAGAGGAAUAAAGAAUUUUUGAACUUUAAUGUUUAGAAAUUCCAUAUGCAAGAUGAGAGAUUUCAUUCCAGAAAUAAUUUAAUGAUAUAUAAGAUUACCAGCUCAUGCCACUUGAGAACAUCUGUUUAGGAUGACCUUGUAUAACACGUUUCAGUAGUCGUGUCUUUUUGUAUUCAAGAUGAAGAAGUAUGCGUUUCUAAUAGAUAGAAAUAAAUGUUCAAGUACCCUAUAAAUGCUUUUAUAAAUUAACCAUGUGCCUUUGUUCCUACCAUCCUCUAUUUGAUCUUUUUAAUUUUGGCACCUAAGAACUCUAGACAAGCAUCUAGGUUUCAAUGAUGAUGUAUGUUUCAAAGCAAUAAGCGGGAUCUGUGUUCCAGCAGACAUUACCAAAUAUGCUCAAAAACUUGUAAGCUAAUGUGAUAUGAAAUCUGACUUUUCCAAAGAUGCGGUUGGAUUGAAAGCUUCAUAGUGACUGUGUCCAGCUUCCUGUGCAAUUGCUAGUAUACUUUAAAAUGCUGUUCAACACUGAAUUUAAUUUUCUUCUGCUAUUUCUCAAUUCAGCUGCAUUAAAAAAAAAAAGAAAAAAAAAGUUUGCUUUCCAUUGUCAGUUUAUAUGUUUAAAACUAGGAUAUUUUUCAUAAAAAAAAUUAUUUAGUUCUCCUUAAAUCUGGAGCGAAUCCAAGAAUACUGUGUAAUCCGUGCAAAAUGUGGUAAUCUGAAAAAGUUUUCUAAGUAAGUCACUGAUGAUGCGAGAAUCAUCUAAAUGAGAAAAACGAGUUUCUUGCUAAUGGUAUUUCUAGAUUAAUGGAAUUUUCUAUUCUGUUUUCCCACUAACAUAUUUAUUGUUUUUUAUGCAGAGGAUGUGUAGUUUAAAGUUACAACUCUCAAGGUAAAAUGUAGAAAUGUAUUUUUCAUUGUUACUUGCAUCUUUUUUUUCAGAGCAGAGGAGCUAAGGAUUGAAAUAACAAAAAAUUGCUUAAGUCCAUUUCUUCAAGUCUUUGACAGAAGUUUCAGGAACAUAGACUGAACUGAUUUGUUUAGCUUUAUUAUCAAUUAACAUCUGUGAAAUAAAAGGGAAUUUGACUGAGA